GUUUCAGCUGCUGUGGAACAGCUGAUCAGAGACAGAAGCUGGUAACAACUUCAGUCUGUCAGGACACCAGGACUAUUCUAUACUAUACUAUUACUGCAGUAGUUUUUAUUAGAGCAGUAUUAUAACCUGUUUUUCAGUCAGUAUUGAUCAGUGAUCAGUGAUUAGUUAUCAAUCAUGGCCAAAUGGGGAGAAGGAGAUCCUCGAUGGAUUGUUGAGGAGAGAGCUGACGCCACCAACGUCAACAACUGGCACUGGACGGAGCGGGACGUCUCGGGCUGGUCGUUGCAGCGUCUGCGUCAGCUGUUGCUCGGGGUCCGGGUGGCGGGACCGGAGGGGGCGUGUCAGCUGACCGACGUCAACAAACUGGACGGAGAAGCUUCCAUCAACAACCGCAAAGGGAAACUCUUCUUCUUCUACGAGUGGCAGCUGCGGGCCAGCUGGCUGGGUACUUCCAGCAGUGGAGUGAAGUACAGAGGAACUGUGGACGUGUCCAACCUGUCCGACGAGAACGACAUGGACGACCUGGAUAUUUCGGUGUCUCUGUGUAAAGACCAGCCCAACACGCCCCUCCUCGACCUCAUGAAGAGGACCGGGGUUCCGGAGGUCCGCAGGAUUCUGGGCGAGUAUGUCCACCAGCUCAAAUCAGAGUUCAGUCAGGGGAUGAUCCUACCCUCUACCAACGAACCAAAACCUCAACCUGAGCUGACCCAGAAGAACCAGAUCAAGACCAGUAGAGCCCAGGUGGAGUCCAGUUCUGAACUACUUUCAGCUGCUGCUCAUAUCAGCUCCACCCCGAGGUGUUCCUCUAGCCCCGCCCCCUGUCCUUCAGGUGUUCGUAUCCCAACCUGCAGCUUUAAUCUGAAGGAGACCUUCCAGACAUCAGCUGAUGAGCUCUACAGGACCUUCAUCAACCAGGAGGUGUUCACGCGCUCGGUGGCGUUGGUCGACGGUUGUCGUGGAGGCAGGUUCCAGCUGUUGGAUGGGAGCGUCAGCGGAGAGUUCACACAGCUGGUGCCGGACCAGAGGAUCGAGAUGAGGUGGCGGUUCAGGACGUGGCCUAGCGAGCAUUAUGCCACCAUCAAUCUGGACCUGGAGGACCGAGGAGACGAGACUGAGCUGAGGAUGGAGUGUCGAGGAGUCCCUGCUGGGGAAGAGGACUCCACCAGGGAGGGACCUCGCUGCUCGUCCUUUAAGGAGCAGGAGGAGAUGGCGGCUGAACUUUUCUCCACCAGCCUCCCCCACAGUAAUGUGGUGGAGGUGGUGGAGGCGAAGAAGAGUUUCAUCCAGCUGAGCGAACCGGAGCCGACGUUCGAAAACAUCUGCGAGCGAGACACCGAUCAGCCAAAUGGCAACAACAAUGUGGGAGAGGAGGGAGACAGCUGGCAGGCCGCACACCCCACCCUCAGAGAGAGGAACGCUCUGAUGUUCAACAACGAGCAGAUGGCUGAUGUCCACUUCAUCGUCGGUCCUCCAGGAGAAACUCAGAGAGUCCCUGCUCAUAAGUAUGUCCUGGCAGUGGGCAGCUCGGUGUUUGGAGCCAUGUUUUAUGGAGAUCUGGCUGAGGGACAAUCUGAGAUCCACAUCCCUGACGUGGAGCCGGCUGCUUUCCUCAUCCUAUUGAAGUACAUGUACAGUGAUGAGAUCGAGCUGGAGGCAGACACCGUGCUCGCUACCCUCUAUGCUGCCAAGAAGUACAUUGUUCCUGCUCUGGCAAAGGCAUGCGUCACCUUCCUGGAGACCAGUCUGGAGGCGAAGAACGCCUGUGUCCUGCUUUCUCAGAGCCGGCUGUUUGAGGAGCCGGAACUGACGCAGCGCUGCUGGGAGGUGAUUGACGCUCAGACCGAGCUCGCUCUGCGAUCUGAAGGUUUCUGUGAGAUUGACCUGCCCACGCUGGAGAUCAUCCUCCAGAGAGAAACACUCAACAUGCGUGAGGUUGUGGUUUUCCAGGCGGUGCUGAGCUGGGCAGCAGCUGUGUGUCGCCGGCAGGGCCUGGUGGUGACCCCCAGGAACCAGCGGGCAGUGCUGGGUAAGGCCCUGUACCUGGUCCGGAUCCCAUCCAUGACGCUACAGGAGUUUGCAGAUGGGGCAGCACAGUCAGAUGUUCUGACGCUGAAAGAGACUCGUGACGUCUUCCUGUGGUUCACCGCCACCAAUAAACCCAGGCUGGAGUUUCCCCUGAUAAAGCGGGCCGGACUUGUGCCGCAGAGGUGCCACCGCUUCCAGUCCUCGGCCUACCGGAGCAACCAGUGGCGCUAUAGGGGACGCUGCGACAGCAUCCAGUUCGCAGUGGACCGGAGGAUGUUCAUGGCCGGACUCGGUCUGUACGGGUCGAGCAGCGGGAAGGCGGAGUACAGCGUGAAGAUUGAACUGAAGAGGCAAGGAACUGCCCUGGCCCAGAAUUUCACCAAGUUCCUGUCAGACGGGUCGAGCAAUACCUUCCCCGUAUGGUUCGAACACCCGGUCCAGGUAGAACAGGACACCUUCUACACGGUCAGCGCCGUUCUGGAUGGAAAUGAACUGAGUUACUUUGGACAGGAGGGGAUGACCGAGGUGCAGUGUGGGAAAGUGACCUUCCAGUUUCAGUGUUCAUCAGACAGUACCAACGGGACCGGCGUGCAGGGGGGGCAGAUCCCUGAACUGGUAUUCUACUGCUGAAACAGAGCCUGACACACAGGUUCAACGCCUUUAAUCAAUCAAUAAACACAGUGGUGAAGUUAAAGACAGGAGCUCUGGUUCUGAUAGACGGACUGUUGUAAUGGGACUGGGAGCUGAUUGGCUGUCUGCUGUAUCAGUGCUUUUUAAAAGGAAAUUAAACUGAAAAAUAAAGUUGAAGUGACAGAAACAAAACUGUGUUGCUAUUUCUUUGAGGUUUAGUCCUGAAAUAUCUGAUGUAGUUUCCUGCAGCUGCCACUAGAUUUUCUAGAGUCACAGAGUCACAUGUUACUACUUCAGCCUUUACAGCUAUGAUGACCUGUUGUGGUUGAUAGGAAAUGUAGUCCUAUACUUUUCCCCGCAGUUCCUAAAGGGAGGACGUUGGUAAAGUCACUGGACACCCGGUCAAAUUU